UUACGACAGAAGGCCAAAAUUGGAACAUAAGGAAAAUGGCUUCCGUGAAUAUAGCAAAGCAUGUUAAUCUCGAGGAUAUUAGUAAAGAUGGGAAGGGUGUAAAGCAUCUGCAGCAACAAGAAGAAGAUCUCCAAAGCGACCAACAAGCCGUAGAUCCAGAAAGUCUCAUCAAACAUCCCUUACAGAGCAGAUGGUCUAUGUGGUUCUUCAAGAAUGACAAAGCCAAAUCAUGGACAGAAAACCUUAGAAUCGUCACAGCAUUUGAUACAGUAGAAGAUUUCUGGUCACUUUAUAAUUACAUUCAAGUUGCAAGUAGAUUAGCGUCAGGAUGCGACUACUCAUUAUUUAAGGAUGGUGUGAAACCAAUGUGGGAAGACGACAAGAACAAAGAUGGUGGUAGGUGGCUGAUAGGUUUCGACCGCAAAUCAAAACCACAAGACAUAGACAGAUGCUGGUUAGAAACGAUGUUGCUAAUGAUAGGAGAGAGCUUCGAUGAUGACUCAGAUUUAGUCAACGGUGCAGUUGUCAACAUUAGAAGUAAAGGAAAUAAGAUUGCAAUGUGGACAGGGGACUGGCGGAAAGAAGACUCAAUAACCAAUAUAGGACGAAAAUUCAAAGAUAGGUUAGGUCUACCACACAAAUACACAAUAGGUUUUGAGGCACAUAAAGACACAAUGACGAAGACGGGGUCUAUGGCAAAGAGUCUCUACACUGUAUGAUACACGCCCUUUCCACCCUCCUUCGCCAUUUACCAAGUGUCCGUCUCUCCGUACCUCGUCGAGAUCCGUCGCCGUUUUCAUCGCUGCCACGUGUACCACACUCCCAACAACUACAAGCAUUACCCCCUUCAUAUCGUGGGACAACCCCCUGCUUGUGUAAUGCCUCUGCAUGCGGCAUGAUGUACGCACAGAAAUAAGAUUAUUGAGACUUAUGACCUGUUUCUGCAGAUGAGGUUGUAAGUCACUCCAGCUAUUUUCUCUUUAGUGUCACUUACAGCUUACAGGCAAAAGAAAGUUUUAUCUUUUUCACCAACUGUGGCAGAGCUUUUCUAACAUAAUCCAAUUUGUUUGGGUUUUAUUCUGUUAUGAUUGAUAUAAGCUGUAAUUUGUACAGUCCAAUAGAUUUGUGAUUUUGCAGCAAUAUUGCGUAACCAAUACAUCCUUUUGAGUUUCUUUUUUCUUGUGUUUGACUAUAGAUAUCAGAAUUUUCAUGUUCUGUGUGCAUUGAAUGUUUUAGGCCUGUGAGUUGAAUUUUUGCGAAAUACGCUUUUUGCCUUAGUGGUUUUAUUGAUUGUGUUAUUUGUAUAAUGACAUGCUGCUUCAAUAUUAUUUCCACUUAUUUCCAUUUCCAAGAUUAAGAUUGGAAAAAUCUGCAUCCUAAAUCCAGAGUUUGCCGAAAAUUUCUCAUCAUACAAGUAUUAUGUACUGGUAAAUAUAUAGGGAAAUCAUUGUAAAUAUCACCACAAAAUGAAGAGUUUGUUUAUAAUUCUCUUUGCCAAACACUUUGAUUUGAUUUUCAACUUGUAUUGUUGUGAUGCAAGCUAGGUCAGUGUACACAUAUCAUUUCAUAUACAGAUAAUCUAUAUUUGUCUUCUUUAGGCUCUCGUUGUUCUUCAGGAUGGUAUUGUACAAGUAUAAGCACACCUCCAUGUAUAAAAACAACUUCACAAUUGAUCAUUACAUUCAUAACCGAAUUGUAGUUUGUUCUGCAAAAUGGCUAAUUCAAAUUCAAUGCAUACCUGAAUAACUAUGUUCUUACCCUGAAUAUUUUUCAUGAUUGAUUGUGUACAUUUUACAUUGUGGUAAAUGCAGACAGUCGUGAUGAUAUUCUUCUACGAUGAUUGCUAAGCCUUGUGUUAUGGGCCCCAUGGCCCCGUCUUACCAAUCAAUCGCAACUAUGGAAAGCCAGCAAAGUCAACAUCUAAAAUACAUGUUUGUUUAAAAAAAAUUUAGAAACGAAUGUAUAUUAAUAAAUUCAUUGAUUUCUUGACAUUUUGGUGUGUUCUCCUUUGUUUACAAAAGAUAUUUUGCAAAUUUCCUGUAUAAGAAAAUUAUGACACUGAUGGAUUUCCAUAGAGUUAUGAUUGAUGGGAUCAAUCGUAUCUCUUUGUAAGACAGGGCCCAGGUUUCUUGACUCACUAGAGGAGUCUUUACAGACAUGUCACAGUAGGGCAUAAAGUAUCCACAUCCAACCCCUUGCAUUUGGGACCUUCUAGAUGAUUUAUCUCUCUGUUGUAAUUCAUUUGAAAAGUUGUGAUGCUCUCAAAUAAUCAUGGCUCAGGAAGUUUUGAAGUGGAUGUAGAUUGGAGAAGCAUGAGGUGGGACACACAAAAAGAUUGGUAUGGAACUGCCCAGUAUCCUUUGGUACAUUAUUUUAGGAUCCAUUGGAAAGAAUUAAUUGCAGGAAAAAAAUUACGUAGGGGCUCGUAGCGAAUUUGCCCCAGGAAAAUCUCCAUUCAAUGCAAUGUUCAAGCUUAUCCAAUGUUUCAUAUUUAGGCACGAAAUUGUGAAAAGUAGCCUCCGAAAGAUAAAAAAUUUAGAAUUUGCCUUGUAGUAAGAUUCAAGUCACUGGACCCUGUAAUAAAGAGAUUAAUAAUAAAUAAACAAUUCAUUGGUUGUAUCUUCUUUAAGAUAUAUUGUUAGCAAAAUCUUACCACGUAUCUACAAUGUAGUGAAAGAAUAUCAUAUUCAAUAAAAUUAAGUUUAAUACUAAGCCAAGAUCUCCCCACUAGUAUUAAUUACAAGUUUGAAACAUAUUCACUUUAGGGUGACCAUUGACCCCCAUGUCUAUGAUUUCCUGUACAUAGCAUGCAAUGAUUUGAUUCUAUGUUGUCAGUAUGUCAAGUUUUACAUGUAUACUUCAGCUUUUAAGUUUAUAAGAUUGUCAAGUUGGACAAGAUAUUUUGUUUGUUUCAUUUGUCAGGAGCCUAGCUCAUAGUUUGUAAACUUCAAUGUGGAGAUACUGUUGUUAUAAAUGCUUUUGGAUUAAAGAGGGGAUAGUAGAGAGAGAUCGGAAUAAUGCAUGUGGUAUUAGGUCGAGGAUAGAGUUGUGUUUAAAACCGCAAACAUGAAUGUUACCACUAUCUCGUUUACUCUAUGUAGACAUGAUUUGUUGGCAGGGAGGUUAAAUUGGUCUGUUGGAGAAGUAUUGUGAAAUAUUUAGCAAGACUUGGGGAAUGGCAGAGAGUAUAUCAUAUGAUUGUGAAUGAUCAAAGCUAUGUCUUUGUUUGAUGAUUAUUAAUGUUACAUUUCUAUAUUCAUCGAUGAUGGAAUUUCUGGACUCAAAAGUAUGUGCAUUGAUUUCUGGUGACGACACUGGGAACUGGAAAUACCCAAGCUUUGUCUGACAUAGCACCAGAUACAGCAUUCAUACCUUUUACGUGUUGAGAUCUAUAGCCAAGUGCCAUUUCACACAAAGUCUAUCACCAUGUUGUAAGGGAUUGCGUGUGAAGGUGGGGAGUUGGGCGGAGAAAUUGGAGCUUUUGAAUAGGAUUUGCAGGUAUUUCUACCAUUUGCUAUAGGAUUGUUUUGUACAUAAGAGUGUGUUUAUUAUUGAGAAUGAUGAUUAUGGUGGCUCGUAAGACGUGUACGCUUCGAACCUCGGCUCGUGGAGACACAGAAAUAUAUUGAUCAGUUAUCCUCCAAGGCAUGUCAUCACACUGUAUAGUUCUGUUUAAGAUUAGCAUGUAAUUGUAUAUAUUCACCCAUUUGAUGCGGCUGUAUUGGGAAGAGAAUAUUGAAAGAAUUUUCAGCUUGAGUUUAACUCGCUUUUGAGUCCUCUUUCAUUAAAUGAACGCUUCCAUGCUUUCAUAUCAAGGUGUGAUGAAAAAAAAAGAUUCUGCAUGUAACAGUGUAUAUGUUUACAAAAGAGAUUUAUUUAAAACCCCAAAAAAUUAGGAAUGGCAGAAUAUUAUCUGAAGUUUUGUUUGAGUCAGAUAUUCCAUUUCGAGAAAUUUCUUAGUAAUUAGUUCCUUUGCCUUAAGUUGGCCCUAAGGGUUGUCAGGUAUGAAAAUAUUCUGCUUUAUCAGAACAAUGUCUCUAAGCGCUUUACAGAUGAGCAAGUCCAUGAAAUGCGACCCUCUGUUUGUAGGACCUUCCCUGAAAUCAUUUGUCCGUUUUCUGGUUCUAAUGAACAAUUGCAGUGCUCUCAAACGAUCAUGACUUGGGUAGCUCAUGAAUUGAAGUUAGAAAAAUGGGGGAAGGACAACAACGUACAAAAAUGUUGAUAAAUUUGUGGAAAUGCUCAGUUAUGUAUGUAUUAUCACCAUGGUAAUUAUAUUUUGGUUUUUCUGCAUAUAAUGUAUCUCAAUUUAAUUUGCACAAAAUGAUUUAUCUCUUCUAAUUCCAAUUGUCUGCCAAUUUGAUUCUCAAGAUUAAAAAAAAAAAUUUGUACAUGUAUGCCAUAGUUAUUUCAAAGAAUUUCCUUUCUGAGUAUUGGGAAACAUUUACCACAAUGAUUCACGAUUUGUUAAAAUGCACAUACAGGUUUUUAUUCACGAUUUGUUAACUCUUUUCAAAACAUGUUUUAUUAUGUUAUUCAUAAAGUAAGGUAUUUGUGAAGUAAGAGAGGGUAAAUUAUUUAUAUGUUACUCUAGAUUCAUCACUUAUGUAUCAGCUUUCAAGAUAUUUAGAUGCAUGAUCUUUGUGUAACUUGGUUUUCCUUCAAAUAAAAUAUUGGCUACUUAUCUAUCUUGUAUUAUCGGUAAGUGGAUAUUACAUUGUUUUAUUUAUUGUGGGGGAAUAAGAGUUUCUCUUGCAUAUUUUAUUUACUUACUUUUUUAGUUGUGUAUUCUUUUAGAAACUUGCCGUUAGAAGGGGAGUUGUAUUUACUCAAUUCAUUUUAGAGAAGAAAUGUGUAAGGUAAACCGUAAAUGAAAAAAAUGAGAAAAAAAAUGUACAUAAUGUACAGCUAAUUAGCAAUGAAUGUGUAUCUUGGCUGUGAAUUUGGAGCCAAUGUUGUAUGUUGUAUUUUAUAUCUUAAAGAAAAAAAAGAAAAAGACACAAAAGUUUAUUAAAUGUAAUUGUUUCCACUGAUGGAAGAAACUAUGGAGUUGAAA